AUGUCUCUACACAAGCCUCCAACGCUCGCGGACAAGGGUUUGUUCAUCGAGAAAGCUUACAUCGCAGGCCACUGGCAAAACUCGCAGUCUUGCCGAACGUUCCAGGUGUUUGAUCCGGCCACCAACGAAAUCAUUGGAGAAUGCCCCGAGUGCUCAGUGGCUGAUCUAGAAAGAGCAGUCUCUGCGGCUUCAACGGCUUUGGAUCUCUGGAGACAGUAUUCUGGCCGGGAGAGAGGUCUCAUCUUGAGGCAGUGGUACGAAUUGAUCCUAGAGAACAAGGACGACAUCGCUACACUCAUCGUAUGGGAGAAUGGGAAAUCAUAUGCCGACGCAGCUGGAGAGGUUUUGUUUGCUGCGAGCUUCCUCGACUGGUACUCUGAGGAGGCUGCACGGAUUUACGGCGACAUCAUCCCGCAUUCCAAUCGCGACAUCAGUGUGCAUGUUUCCAAGGAACCGAUUGGAGUUUGCGCAUUGAUCACCCCGUGGAAUUAUCCCGCGGCAAUGGUCACUCGCAAAGCGGCUCCUGCCCUCGCUGCUGGAUGCACGGUCAUCAUCAAGACGGAUGGCCUCACUCCAUAUACGGCCAAUGCAAUCGUCAAGCUAGGUGAACGCGCCGGUAUUCCGUCAGGGGUCGUCAACGUUAUAACCGCCCUGGAAGAUACUCCCAGGCUUGGGCUGGCCAUUUGCAAGUCCGAGGCUAUCCGAAAGGUGUCAUUCACUGGCUCUACCAGAGUUGGUAAAAUCUUGGCAGAGAAUUCCGGCAGCACUCUGAAGAAGCUGAGUCUUGAACUGGGCGGGAAUGCACCUUUUAUCGUGUACGACGACGCAAACAUGGACACAGCCGUUGCUUGCUGUCUCAAGAGCAAAUUCAAAUCAUCAGGUCAGACAUGUGUCUCUGCUAAUCGAAUAUAUGUCCAGGACGCCAUCUUCGAUGCUUUUGUUUCAAGGCUAGCAGGAGAAAUCGCCAACUUGCAGCUAGGAUCUGGUUUCAACAAACAGGUCGCUAUUGGACCACUCAUCUCUCAACAAGCGGUAGCCAAAGUCGAAGAACAUAUCCACGACGCCGUAAGCAGGGGUGCUUGGGUGGUGGUGGGAGGCACACGGUCGCAUCUUGGACCUCAAUUUUUCGAGCCCACUCUCUUGGCUGGGAUUGACGAUGAUAUGAAAGUCGCCAGUGAAGAAACCUUUGGGCCAUUAGCGGGCAUUUUCAGAUUCUCGACCGAGAUUGAGGUUAUUCGACGGGCCAACAAUACGAAAGUCGGCCUUGCUGCCUAUAUCAUGACCAACGAUCUGGGCCGGGCACAACGUACGUCGGAGCAAUUGCGCACCGGAAUGGUCGCUAUCAACACCGCAAUCAUCUCAGAUGCACCGGUGUCAUUUGGAGGUGUCAAGGAUUCGGGGCUUGGACGUGAAGGAGGUAAAUAUGGUCUGGAGGAAUACCUCGAGCUAAAGGCCGUCAUGACCGCUAAAAUAUAA